UUAACGAAAUCCAAGGUUUUAGUUUUCAGUCAUGUAGGCACUUGACAAGAACAACGAGCAAUCGCCAUUUGGGUUCAUGUACGUACGACUGCAGAGGAGUGAUUGCACCCUUAAAAGAGAGAGCUCACCAAUUUGCACUACCAUGUCAAGUUUACUGCUCAUUUUGCUGGCCUCACUCCGUGCUGUAACGGGAAACGGCAACAGCAAGCAUACCGGCGAUCAAAUCACGCCGUCCUCAUUCUGCUGCGCAUGUCAACCCGGCUCACAUGGCAAGCCUGGUAGUCCAGGGAUACCCGGGCGAGAUGGACGUGAUGGUCGUGACGGAAAUCAGGGACCCCCGGGAACGACUGGACCAGUGGGACCUCCAGGGCUACAAGGAACAAAGGGAGAAACUGGUGUCCAGGGCCCUAGCGGACCAAAAGGAGAGCGUGGGGAGACUGGGAAAAUUGGAAGUCCUGGGACGCCAGGCCAGAUACAUUAUAAAAACUGCAAGGAGUGCGCAUGGCAAAAUCUGAAUGAUCAAACAGACUACGGUCUGAUCAAGGACUGUAUGUUUACCAAGAACUUCUCUGAUACAGUCCUGCAUGUUUACUGGACUGGUUCCCUUAGAAUCUACAAGUGCACAAAUUGCUGUAAACGCUGGUAUUUCACUUUCAACGGAACUGAAUGUGCAGCUCCCCUGCCAAUUGACGGUAUUGUGUUCAUGUGGCAAGGAAAAACUCAAGACCUACACCGUGUCCGCCAUAUUGAGGGGCACUGUAACAACGUCCACAAAGGCCAGGUGCGCGUGGAAUUCUGGGUUGGUGACUGUGCUCAUGGUGCUAAGGCUGAUGCCAGCACAGGCUGGCAGUCAGUGUCCCGGAUCUUUGUUGAAGAAGUUCCUAAACCUCAGGCUUAGAUCUUGAGACAAAAACUCUAUUCCUCCGUAAACGCUUAUUAAGGGAUGCAAUAACUCGCUUUUCGAAAUUAUAUAUGAGUGGUUUCUCCAAUUAUUGGGUGCACUGUAGUUUCACGUUUGCUGAUGAAAAUAAAGAGCAGGAAAAAGAUUGAUUGUAAUGGCUACUUGCCUAUGGUCCUUUCUCUUCUUUUCGCGCCCAACUGGCUGAAGAAAGCAACACAAUUGUUGGUCUAUACAAUGUAAACAAACCCUAUACAAUGUAAUAAACCCUCCAAGAAGUGUGGAAAAAAAAACCGGGAAAACAAAGAACACACUUCCAACAUCACUUCUUACACCACAAACAAGAGGCCUUAACGCGGAUGGUUUUUGCAGUCACCAUCGUUGGUUUCUGUGCGAAGAGUGAGACCUGAUAACGAAAUUAAGUGAAAAUGGUGAAUGAGAAAACCUUAGUUGAUGUUGUUAUUAUUCUAUUAUUCUAUUAUUCUGAACAGUUUAUUGCGAAUGUUAGACCUUUUUUUCUACGAGCCGCACAGUUCUCAUUGAGUUCUCAUUUGGCUUGCUAUGUAUGGCUUUGCUCGUUCUUAAAAAUGAAUGCUAGUUUCUUAAGACGCUGCUGUCUGAUCUGGAAGCGUAAACAACAUACAUUUGAGACAUUUGGUCCGAUCAAGUAAGCUGCAGGGUAAACAAUAAGUCCUUCUUCAAGCGUUCGAAACUGUCGAAACGCUUGUUCAGGUUUAAAUAUUUCAAAUCGAAGCAAUGCGAAAAUAAAGUAAGCUCAAAACAC